CCUCAACUGAAUGGAAAUCGGAAAAAUGGAUACCGUUUGCAGCCUUCAGCCCUACUGGGCUCUAUGACUACUGUGCUCGACUUGGCCGUAGAAGAGAGGAAGAAUAGAGUGGGAGGACGCAGUGCCGUCGACGUCAAAGACCGCCGGCGGCGACGCUAUUGGAUGUGAUAAAGUGGAAGUCUUUCCUUUGGUUCUAUACACUGUAACAACAAUGGCCGCGGCAAUAGCAAUAUCACAGAGAACUUGGUCCCGUUUCAGUGCUAAUCAAGUCUUCCGAAGAUCCAUUAUGCCUCUACUUAACCAUUCUAGAACGAGUUCUUCUGUUCCCAAAUUUCAGCCCCAGAUUCUUCCUUCUCAGAGACCCAUAGCAAAUUCUUUUCCGGGAUUUCCUUCAUCUGAUCACCGGUUCUUCUCCUCCGUUUCCUCGGUCUCCUCGGAGAGAGUGGUUCAUGAGCUUCUCGCGGAAGUCGAGAGGGAGAAGCAAAGGGAGAGAGAGGAAAAGAAAAGGGCUGGCAUAGAAGUCGAUGACGACGAGGAUGAAGAGGACUACAUGGGUGUUGGGCCGCUGAUUGAGAAGCUCGAGAAGGAGAGGUUGAAGGAUACUGGAGACCUUAACAUGUAUGAAGAGCCCACAGAUUCGGAGAGUGAGGACGAUGAGAGGUUCUCACCUGAUGCCGUGAAGAAGCGAGUGGAUGAGUUUGAGAGGAAGUACAAGAGACAUGAAGAACUACUCAAGAACUUCACCGAGGCGGAGACACUUGAUGAUGCAUUCAAAUGGAUGAAUAGAAUUGACAAAUUUGAACAGAAACAUUUGCGACUUCCAUUAGAGUACAGGGUUAUUGGGGAGAUGAUGAACCGUCUGAAAGAAGCCACUGGAAAGGAGAGAUUUAUGCUUCUUCAAAAACUAAAUAGGGCUAUGAGGAUGGUGGAAUGGAAGGAGGCAUAUGAUCCUAAUAAUCCUGCUAAUUAUGGAGUUAUCCAGCAUCAACAAGUAGGGCCCUCUGUUGAAUUUCUAGAACAUGCUGGAUUUGAAAGAGAAAAGCAAAUGAUUCAAGGGGCUGAGUUGGGGGAAGAUUCUGAUGAAGACUUUAGUGAUAUAAAGGAUAAAGAUGAUGUAUUGUUGGAGAAACUUAAUGCCAUUGAUAAGAAACUCGAAGAAAAGCUUGCAGAAUUAGAUCACACAUUUGGGAAGAAGGGCAAGGUUCUAGAGGAGGAAAUCAGAGACCUUGCAGAGGAGAGGAACUCAUUGACUGAGAAGAAACGGAGGCCUCUUUACAGAAAGGGUUUUGAUGUCAAGCUAAUUGAUGUUAACCGGACAUGUAAAGUUACAAAGGGGGGACAAGUGAUCAAGUACACUGCAAUGUUGGCUUGUGGGAACUAUCAUGGUGUAGUAGGUUUUGCAAAAGCAAAAGGCCCAGCAGUUCCUAUCGCCCUUCAAAAGGCGUAUGAGAAAUGCUUCCAGAAUCUCCAUUAUGUAGAUCGACAUGAGGAGCAUACAAUUGCACAUGCAAUAAUGACAAAAUAUAAGAAAACCAAGCUGUAUCUGUGGCCAGCUCCAACAAGAACAGGAAUGAAAGCAGGCAGAACUGUCCAAACAAUUUUAAAUUUAGCUGGCUUUAAAAAUGUGAAGUCUAAGGUUAUUGGCUCCAGGAAUCCUCAUAACACAGUUAAAGCCUUGUUUAAAGCUCUUAAUGCUAUUGAAACUCCCAAGGAUGUUCAGGAGAAGUUUGGCAGAACUGUUGUGGAGUCAUAUUUGCUUUAAUUGAUGCUCUUUGCUUGUGUUACAUCAGGCUGACCCUCAGUGCUCUCUGUUUUUGUUUUCUUACGAGUACAGAGGCUGUUUCCCAUCCCAGUGUUUAGUUAUUGUUUAGAUGACUAAUGAAGCAUUUGGCCAUUUUUGUCUGAGGGUCUUAUUUGUUUAUGUAUUAUUUAUUAUCCCUCUUAAGCUUCUCUUUCAAAAGUA